CUUUGACUUUGUUCAAAAAAUAUGUAUCUAUCAAGUAGUGAGCAUUCUCUUUAACUAGCAUUCAGGCCUUCAUUUGCCUCUUGCAUAUGAUCCUUUCACCAAAAUAAAAUAAAAAAUGGCUACGAAUAUUCAUUUGCUUCUGAUUUCUCUAUCAAUAUUGAUCCUGCACCGAAGCAUAGCUUUUGGAUCAAUGUCAAGUGAGGACCAUGCAGAAACUUUGUGCAUAACAUAUGAGAGGGAAGCUCUUCUCGAGUUCAAACAGGAGCUCAUAGAUGAACAUAACAUGCUUUCAUCGUGGAAAAAUGAAGAAUGCUGUACUUGGAGGGGUGUGAAAUGCAGUAACACAACUGGCCAUAUACUCGUCCUUAGUCUUCGUGGGAGUAUUGAAUCCACUCCUGAUAGUAGUAACUUUCUCACGUUAACAGGUAAUAUCAGUUCAUCACUGGUUAAAUUGCAGUAUUUGAAGUACUUGGAUCUUAGUUUCAAUGAUUUUGGAGGCCAAAUACCAAAAUUUAUUGGUUACUUCAGAAGGCUAGAGUACCUAAAUCUCUCAUCUAGUUACAAUCCUUUCACUGGUUUAAUUCCUCCUCAGCUCCAAAAUCUAACACACUUAAGGGCUCUUGAUCUUGGUCAAAAUUCUUUAAUAGUCAAGAGCCUUGAGUGGCUCUCUCAUCUAGUGUAUUUGGAGCACUUAGAUCUAAGUUUUUCCAAUGUGCAAGCGAAAAACUGGUUACAAGAGAUAAUCAAGCUUCCUAGUUUGAGGGAAUUGCAUUUAUCUUCCUGUCAACUCCCCAUAAUCAGUUCUUCAUCACUUGUAUCCGACAAUAUUUCCUCCUCUCAUAUUUCCAUCCUUGACAUCUCCUAUAACAAAUAUACGUCUCAGGCAAUUAAUAGUUGGCUUUUUAACUUCACUAGUCUUACUAGUCUAUCUCUUUCGGGUAACGACUUAGGUCAAAUUGCCAGUGGCUUUGGGAACUUGAAAUCUUUAGAACAUCUUAAGCUAUAUGGAAGUGGCAUUCAAGGCGGGAUACCAAGGACUUUUGAGAAUUUAAGUCGUUUACGCUCUAUUGAUGCAACUUCCAAUAACUUAUUAAGUCAACCAUUUUCUGAGUUGCUUGAUAACUUAUCAGGGAGUAAUAGAUCCCUCGAGUUUUUGUCCUUUGAGGGAAAUGCACUCACUGGUUCAUUGAUUAAUCUUACUAGAUUUUCAUCGUUGAGGGAAUUAAGGCUACAAGGAAACUUGCUGAAUGGCAUUUUCCAUGAAAGCUUUAGACAAAUCUCCAUUCUUGAAUAUCUUGAUUUGUCUAAUAACCAGAUGACAGGGUCAUUACCAGACUUGGCAUUAUUUCCAUCAUUGAGAGAGUUGCACCUAGGCUCCAAUCACUUUCAUGGAAUGAUACCACAAGGUUUAGGGCAACUUUCAGAGCUUAAAAUCUUGGAUGUUUCUUUCAAUAGACUGCAAGGCUUACCGGAAAGUCUAGGGCUACUUUCCAAGCUGAAAAUCUUGGAUGUCUCUUUCAAUAGACUGAAAGGCUUACCGGAAAGUAUAGGGAAACUUUUUGACCUUGAAAGUUUUGAUGCUCCUUAUAAUUUGUUAGAAGGUACAAUCUCUGAAUCCCAUCUGUCCAACCUUUGCAACCUGAAAAGUUUAAACUUGUCAUCGAACUCAUUGACUUGGAAUGUUAGCCUUGAUUGGAUUCCAUGUUUUCAACUACAAGUUAUAAGCCUUUCAUCUUGUAAUCUUGGCCCUCAUUUUCCAAAAUGGCUUCGAACUCAAAAUAGAUACUCAAUUCUGGAUCUCUCUCUUAAUAAUAUCUCAGACACAAUGCCUAGUUGGUUCUCAAAGUUGCCUCCCAUGUUAACAUACUUGAAUCUCUCUUACAACCAAAUCAGCGGAAAGAUACAAGAUUUAUCAUCCAACAAUGUUGGUCCCAUUGUCAUAGAUUUCGGUUAUAACAAUUUCUCAGGGUCGUUACCAAGAUUUCCACAACUGGUUAGUGCAUUGCGUGUUGAUAACAAUCAGAUUUCUGGAUCCCUUAGCUCCAUAUGUGAAAUACGGUCAGUUGUAACCUUAGACCUGUCCGAUAAUCUCUUGUCCGGAGAGAUUCCUGAUUGUUGGACUGUCAUAUCUGUUCCAAUGGUCCUUAAUGUAGCCAAUAACCGUAUAUCUGGAAGCAUUCCAUACUCUUUGUGUUAUUCGUCAUCCUUGAGCUCUCUAUAUGUGCGUAACAACAAUUUAAGUGGACAGUUUCCUGCCUCUUUGAAGAAUUGCCAAGGUUUGAAAGUCUUGGAUUUGGGAAGAAAUACAUUGAGUGGAAAGAUCCCAGAAUGGAUAGGGUCUAAGUUAGCUUAUUUGGGGAUUCUGAGCCUACGAUUCAAUGAAUUCUCUGGGAGCAUUCCUCCAAGUAUAUGUCAGCUUCAAUCUAUUCAGAUACUGGACCUUUCUGGCAACCAUUUGUCCGGGAGAAUUCCAAAAUGCUUCAGCAAUUUCACGACAAUGCAACUUUUGCAAGAUGGUUCAAGUGUGAGCUAUGACUUCGAUCCUUACACCCCUCGAGUAGGUACAUUGUACCAUGGAAAUGCAUUAGUCCAAUGGAAGAACAAGGAGUCAGAGUACCGUAAUAUCUUGUGGCUUCUGAAGACCAUCGAUCUAUCUAGCAACAAACUAGUUGGUGACAUCCCUAAAGGUUUUAGAAGAAUGAAUGCAUUGCUAUCAUUGAACCUGUCAAGAAACAAUCUGACAGGAAAUAUCAUUGAAGGAAUUGGUAUAAUGAAGAUGUUGGAGUCUCUUGAUUUGUCAAAAAACCAUCUUUUGGGGGAAAUCCCAAUAGGCCUUGCUAACUUGACAUUUCUUAGCGUGUUGGAUUUGUCAUGCAACAACUUCUCAGGGAGAAUACCAUCGAGUACACAAUUGCAAGGCUUUGAUUCCUCAACCUAUGGUGGGAAUAUUCAUCUAUGUGGCCCUCCUCUUCCAGAUUGUCCUACAUUUGCCCCUCCAAAUCCUCGUGUUGGUUAUGACAGUACUUUCAAAGAAAAUGAUGAUGAUGAGUUUCUAUCUUCAGAGUUUUACAUAUCGAUGGCAUUGGGGUUCAUUGUUGCAUUUGGGGGAGUGUUAGGCUCUUUGUUCUUCAGUAAGUCAUGGAGUAAUGCCUACUUUAAGUGGCUCCAUCUUUAGCGAAGGGCCUGAGUGAUCACAGUUUGUAUUCUACUCAUAUUUUUUCUUGAGAGUUGCUUUUUCUUCAAUGUUGUUGUUGCUAUAUGUAAAUAUUCUAUGAAUGACUUGUAAUUAAGAAAGCUUCUUUCCCAAGGGUAUAAUUUUUCAAACAUAAGACUAAGAGAACUGCAGAAAGAAUAAUGUUACUAGAUAAUGAGUUAGUAAAAGAGUUGUGUUUUCUUCACAGAUAUAUAUGUAGUUCUUCAUGGUAAAUUUAAUAUGUUAAUUUGAUUAGAGGAGUAAUAAAACAGUAUAACUAUUAAAUUGCAAUGAGACUGUAAUAAUCUUUUACACGACAUAAGUUAUAACUCAAAUUGUUUAGUAUAAUUGCUUGUGUAAAAAAAAAUCUACCCGUCUUGCUUUACGAAGAUGUACUCCUGCUUAGCAAAAAAGUUACAUUUGAUUCGAAGAUUCAACAAUCUGGGGCUCCACAAUUAAUCUACAUAUCAUAGAAAUAACAUUAAAAACAAAGCAACUGUCAAAGAGAACAGAUUAUUACAAGACCAAUUCAAUCAUCAGGCUCUUAGUUUUGUCUUCAACCAUUCAAAGCAGAUUUCUAAUGAAAGAUACAGACAAUUCUGACAUCCAUUUAACCACUUGAAGUAGGCAUUCCUCCGUGAAUCAUUGAAGAACAAAGAACCUGACACUCCCCAAAAUGCAACAAUGAAACUCAACGCCAUUUAUAUGUAAAACUCUUUAGAGAGGAAAUCCUCAUCGUCAUUUUCUUGACUAGUACUGUCAUAGCCAACAUGAGGAUUUGGAGGAGCAAAUGCAGGACACUCUGGAAGAGGAGGGCCACGUAGCUGAAUAUUCCCACCGUAGAUUGAGGGAUCAAAGCUUUGCAAUUGGGUGCUCGAUGGUAUUCUAGCUGAGUAGUUGUUCGACAAGUCCAACACGCUAAGAAUGUCAAGUUAGCAAGGCCUAUUGGGAUAAUCCCUGAGAGCUGAUUCCCAGAAAAGUCAAGACACUCCAACAUAUUCAUUAAACCAAUUCCUUCGAUAAUAUUUCCUGUCAAAUUGUUUCUCGACAGAUCAGCGACAGCAGUGUGUUCAUUCUGCUAAAAUCUUUAGGGAUGUCACUGUUGAUUAUUGCCUCAGUUACUGCAGUAA